UUUCCGUCUAGAUGGCAAAAGCUUAAAACAAGCUCAUCGCUAUGUUUUACUGCAUCAUUCUGAUGAAAUUCAAGAUCUUCUCGAUUAAGUAGCAGGUUUUAUUCUAUUUUAUGAAUAACCAAUUAUUAUAAUAUAUCAUUAUAAAUUAUAAUUUAUUUUCCUUUCUUUGAAGAGAAUUUUUAAAUCUAAAGCGACAAAUGAAUACACAUAACCCAAUCACUGAAAGUGAUGAAAGUGAUUGGAUCAUCAACGAGUUUGGAGAGUGGUUGCGAAGUCAGGUACACUCAAUAGAUGAAACCACCGAAGAUGAGAAAUUUAGAAAAAUUCUGGCAGGGGGAUUGAAUUGUUAUGGUAAAAAAAUGAAGGGCUUUAAGAUCAAUGGGUAUAAAUUACAGAUCAUGGACCGUGAUAGUCGUUUGACUACCCAAAAUUCUGGAAUCAUGGUUGAAGCAGAUGGAGAAGCAUACUAUGGGAAAGUGAAGGAUAUAUAUGAAUUGGACUAUUAUGGGACUUACAAAGCUAUAUUGUUUCAUUGUGUUUGGGUAGACAUACAUAGGGGUGUUAAAUCAAAUCAAAAUGGCUCUAUAUGUGUUAAUUUCUCUAAGUUGAUGCAUUCAGGAAGAAAUUUGCAAGAUGACCCUUUUAUUUUCUCAUCUCAAGCAAAACAGGUUUUCUACAUUGAAGAUGAGAUACGAAAAGGAUGGUUUCAUGUUGUAAAGACUAAGCCUAGAGACUUGUUUGAUUAAGGGGAUGAGUUACCCGAAGUAGAUAACGACAAUGAAUGAUUAGUUUCCUAUUUAUUAUUUAAUUUGGAUUUGUAAUUGCUGAAUUUAAUUAUGAGUUGAUAUUUGUCAUUAAUUAAUAUUUCCUUUUGCUGAAUUUAUCCCUUUACUUUUUGUUAAUUUAUCCUUUUAUUUUCUCAUUUGGAUUUGUAAAUAUGCAUCUUUUCAUUUAUUUUUAAAAUUAAUCUUUCGUUUGAAUGAAGGAUAAUAGUUACCUUGUUGGAGUACUAUCAAAUUGCUUUCAGACAUUCUAUUUCUCUGUCUUCUGAAUUUUGUGAUGAAAUCACAUAUUUACUCUAAACUAAACCCUUGGUUUGCAUUUAGGCUUUAUAGUUGGGUCGCAUUCAGUAGAGAAGGGGUAAUCUACUUAUGUAUAAAGCUGGAAUUCUUUCCAUGAAUGUUUGUUACAAUAUCCAAUAUAGGGAGCCAUUCUCCUUGUUUUUUUCUUUGUGAAUCUUCUUUGAUGAUAAAUGGCAAGUUGAAGAUUGGUUAGCAUUUAGAGCAUUUGAUCUCUGUCUAAAUGUUAG